AUGCAGGAACUAUUGAGGAAGUUAGUCGGAGACAUAAGUUUAGGUAAUCUUGCUGACCUUCAGACUAAGUUGGAGAUAGACAUAGGUAAUCUUGCUGACCUUCAGACUAAGUCGGAGAUAGACAUAAGUAAUCUUGCUGACCUUCAGACUAAGUCGGAGAUAGACAUAGGUAAUCUUGCUGACCUUCAGACUAAGUCGGAGAUAGACAUAAGUAAUCUUGCUGACCUUCAGACUAAGUUGGAGAUAGACAGAAGUAAUCUUGCUGACCUUCAGACUAAGUCGGAGAUAGACAUAAGUAAUCUUGCUGACCUUCAGACUAAGUCGGAGAUAGACAUAAGUAAUCUUGCUGACCUUCAGACUAAGUUGGAGAUAGACAUAAGUAAUCUUGCUGACCUUCAGACUAAGUCGGAGAUAGACAUAAGUAAUCUUGACACCAAUCCAAUAUUCCUGUUCAGCAAAAGUACAAUAGAAGCCAUGACACCCCCCUCUCCUAGUGUUCAUUAUGGAUCAGAUGUAGACAUUCACAGCCAGGUUGAGGGAUCACUGCUGCUACCCCCAGCAUAUGCUACUGUUGUCUCCAGGGCUCAACUGGCUCUGCAAAUUCAUGAUGUAGACAAAGAAGAAAUGAAAGCAUGUGAGAAACUAGUUCAUGACCAGCAUCUUCAGCAACAAGGUUGGGCUGCUGUAGUGGCUAAUCUGGAGGACAUCACCAGUGCUCUUCGUCAGAGAUCUGAGAUAUUCAUGACAGCAUACCACGAGUACCUAUGUCAGAGAGAGGACUACAGAGAAACACUAUCAAGUGUGAUCAGUUCCCUGCAGCUGUUGAGUAAGAUCCCAGUGCUGCCAGUGUUGUUGAGUGGGGUAUCUUUUCUCUCUGAGUGUUCCACGGGUCUGGUCGGGUCCAGUGAGGACAAUAAUGGUAGUCUGUAUGACUGGAUAAGCUCUCAGGAUCCUCAACAUAACUUAAAUGACAUGGUGGAUCAAUGUAUGAAGGCCACAGAACAGUUAGACCCACGUAUCCAGGAAUCUCUGACCACGGAGGUCCAGAGCACCCUGAAACAGGUGGACAACAUUAGUAUGAAGGAAGUGAAGGGCCUGGAAGAUCGUCUGUAUGGACUUGACCAGAUGAUGUCUGUAGCACGUCGCCUAGUCCAGGAGCAGUCGGAUAUGGCACAGGGUUUAGUUCAGAAUCAGAGCCGAGUCAGUAAUCUACGUGACAAGUCUAUCCUACCUGACCUCUGCUCUAGUCACAAGAAACAACUGCUGGUCAUGGUAAACAACCACAAAAUGCUCCGAGACAAAAAGAAAAAAUGCAAAAUGGCGAAGGAAGAACUAGCUGUGAAUCUCCAUACACGGCUAAGAUGGGUAAUGUGGGUUGAGAAAAUGAUCUGUGAUGUGGAUGGAAAGCUCAUGAUUUACCAUGAAAACCUAAAGAGACUGAGGAAGCGUUUGGACAUUCUGCAACAGAUUUAUGAGGCCCCUCGAGUGUAUGCCCAGCUUGUGGUGGAAGUAGUCCGCAGAAAAAAGUUUGCCUCUUUCUUCACAAAGUGGGCAGCAACUGUAGCAGAUGACUUUAAUUCUGUUCACUCAGAGGAGGUAAAACGCAGACAGAGUUUUCAAAGUGAAGUUGGGCAUCACUUCCUACAGACACUGUUCCAGGGUCUAGAUGAUGUCCCUGUCACUGUUAUUAAUAAGACACCAUCAGAUUUUGACCAGAACUUACCAAACAUCACGUCUGAUGACAUCACCAUGCUGAAAGAGGCCGUGCCUGAGCUGGCAGAACAGCUUAAGGUACCAUUAGAGGCUGCUCUACCACCAGGUACCACAGACAUUACAAAAAGCAAAUUUCCUCAGCUGUUUAAACAUAGCUCUAUAGUCACAUCAGAGAUUGAAAUCAUCCACAGUGUGGAUGAUCAGUACCUGACUUGUGACCGAGAUAGUGUUUCUCUUGGUGAACAAGUGGCUAAUUCUGAACUGGAUGCAAACCUUGUGAUCAAAAGUGAUAAUGACACUGACCAAUUAAAACCCGAACUUUUAAUGCCCAGAAGUCUUUCAGAAGACCUCACGCAGCAAAUGAAAGGGGAGGGUAGUGAGGAUUCAAACGAGGGUACUGUGGCUAGUGGAGGUACUGCUGUGACAAGCUUGCCAGUCAAAGGGCAACAAGUGAUGCUGAAAACCUCUGGGGAGGCUUCAGGAGCCUCUACUUCAUCUGGUGAGCAAAUUAAGUCAACUGGGAGUGAUUCAUCUGGACAAGAGAAUGCUCAAAACAGUGGUGAGGAGAAAAGUGGUGAGAGUUCAGGGCGAAAAAUAACACCAAGACGCAGGCAAGGGGCAGAAUUGUCUCCUGACAUGGAAACAUCUCAGGAGUUCACUACAGCUGAUUUCUAUAUUGAAGAUUCAAUGCCUUCAUCUAUAGCAGACUCACCGCCAACUUGUUCUAAACCAAGUACAGUUAAACCUAGCAGUGAAAAACUCCUAGAAAACAAGGCAGCUUACGUAGAGAGACUGGAGAAGGAAAAUGUUGAGUACAAGGCUAGGGACACUGUUGUAUCUUCUAAACUUAAAACUUUUCAGGAAUAUGUAAGUGUACACUUACCACAGAUGAAAUCAUCUUUAAGUUCAUUUCAAACAACAUAUGUGAAUAGCAAAUUAGAAUUUCAAGAUGAAUUUGAAUCCAAUAAGAAAAAAAUACUUGAAACUUUACAACAGUUUGAUGCACAUAGAAGUGAAGAAGAGAGGAUUAACAUAGAAAAACACAUUGCUGAUGCAGAGAAAAUCAGAAAUGAAUUGGAGGAACAACUCAAACAAUCCAAUCAACAAAUAUCAGAACAAAAAGCAGAAGUGGAAACUCUACAGCAGGCUUUGGUUAUUGCGAAGGAGGAUGUUGCAUUAGUGAGAAAAACAUUGGAAGAAAAAGUAACAGAGUUAAGAUAUCAACUGUCAGAAAUAAAGAUUGUAAGUGAAAGUGACAAGGGUAGGAUAACAGAACUCGAAAGUCAGACAGAAUCUUUGAAAGAACAAUCAAAUAUGGUACAAGAAAAAGCAAAACAAGAGAAAGAAAAGCUGGAAAAUGAUUUAACUGAGGCAAAAAACACAUACCAAACAGAAAUUUCUGAACUAACAAAGCAGCACUCUUUAGAAAUGGAGGUAGAGCUAGACAAACUCAGGGCAGAAAUUCAGUUACAGAUUGAUGAACUCGAAAAGAUAGUUACUGAAAAAGAAAACUUGCUGAAGGAAAAAGAAUCAAUGUUGGAGAAAGCUGAGAAAGAAAAAAUCCUAUUGGAAGAGAAAAUGAUGGCAAAAUUCCAAACUGAAAAAGAUGGCAUAACUAAAAUUAUGGAAGAGGAUUUUAAAGAAAGAAUGAAAAAACAAAUUGAGGAAGAAAAGGAAGCAUUAUCAAAAAAAUUUCAUAAUGAAAAAGAAAACCUUCUUGAGGAACAUAAAAGUGGUAUAGAAAAUUUAUCAAAACAGUUUGUGUCAGAAAAGGAAGAGGAGGUGGAAAAAUUAAAAAAAGAAUUGGAAGAAAAAUUUCAGAGAAGUGAGACAAGCAUAAGAAUUCUAUUAGAAAAUGAAAAAGAUGCAGAAUUAGAGAAACAAAAAAAUAUCCUGUCAGAGGAUUUCAAGAAAGAACUUGAAACUAUCAGAGACAAGUUACUUGAGGAGAAGGCAACAAUAGCAUUAGAACUGAAUACAAUCCGUGACAAAGUGGUUGUACAGAGAGAGUCACAGACCGAAGUAAAGGAGAGUAAACCCCUCUCUGUACAAACAGAACCAGCUCAAGUGACAGGACAGGAGACACAGACUAUAGUACAAGAGGUAACACAGUCACAGUCACAGACAGACAAAACCCAACUCUCUCAGCAACAAAUCCAAACAGAAGUAUUUGAGGGUACACACAUGGAGUCUCAGACAGAAGCCACACAAGUGAAAACUGGUGUAUCACAGACAAAAACUGUUGUACUAGCCCAAGGGGGGACGCAGACAAAAACUGUUGUACUAGCCCAGGGGGGGACACAGACAACUGUAAAGGAAUACCUUCCCAAAGAGGCUCAAACCAAAGUACAGAGCUAUGCCCAAGGUGAAGCACAAACAGAUCUCAAAGCCAUGGAGAAACAGACCAACUCACCAGAGGGGCUGCAGCUGGUUGGCAAUGUCUUAAGUAGAGAGGAGCAUGAAGAUGUAGUUAGAGAAGUUGAACGGCGUCUACAGAAACAGCAGGAUCAGGCUGUGGUCAAGGUGAGAUUAGAUGUAGUCAGAGAAGUAGAGAGAUGUCUACAGAAACAGCAGUAUCAUGCUGUGGUCAAGGUGAGUUUAGAUGUAGUCAGAGAAGUAGAGAGGUGUCUACAGAAACAGCAGGAUCAUGCUGUGGUCAAGGUGAGUGUAUAUGUAGUCAGAGAAGUAGAGAGGUGUCUACAGAAACAGCAGGAUCAGGCUGUGGUCAAGGUAAGUUUAGAUGUAGUCAGAGAAGUAGAGAUGUGUUUACAGAAACAGCAGGAUCAGGCUGUGGUCAAGGUGAGUUUAGAUGUAGUCAGAGAAGUAGAGAGGUGUCUACAGAAACAGCAGGAUCAGGCUGUGGUCAAGGUGAGUUUAGAUGUAGUCAGAGAAGUAGAGUGGUGUCUACAGAAACAGCAGGAUCAGGCUGUGGUCAAGGUGAGUUUAGAUGUAGUCAGAGAAGUAGAGAGGUGUCUACAGAAACAGCAGGAUCAGGCUGUGGUCAAGGUGAGUUUAGAUGUAGUCAGAGAAGUAGAGAGGUGUCUACAGAAACAGCAGGAUCAGGCUGUGGUCAAGAUAACAGGCAAUCGUAUAUCUAACCUGCCUGAGCCAGAUGCGAAUGGUGGCCAGUUGCGAGUUGGUCGAUGGCCAGAUGGAGGCCAAACAGUGGCCAAACGGUGA